AUGCUCGAUUGGUGGUGCUCUCCCUCCUCCUCGGCCGUGUGGACGGCGUGGCGGCGGGCGUUGGGCGCAGGUUGCACUCUCCUCUUCUUCUCAUCCUCUCCCCCCAUCAGACCUGGCCCCUGGCGGCCGCUGGUCGCCGGAUCCACUGUCGACGGGGCUGCUGGAGGGGUGGUAGCGGACCGGGAGAAAUCCCUGGCUGGAUUCCCGGCCACGACGACGGCGACACCUCCUGGUGUCGUCUUCCUCCUUGGAGGCGCCGUCGAGGUGCGUUUACCCCCUUCCCUCCCACUCUCAUGCCCGGGUGAAAACUCUAGUCUCUUCAGGCUGGGCGGCAGCGGCGUUUCAUGCGUCGUCAUCUUCUUGAAGGUGCCGCCUUGGGUGAGUUGGGGGUGUGCAGGGGCGAUGGGUGUGGUGUCAAGUGUGUGGCGGCUUUGCAGGAGGAGUUGGCGCCAUGGUCUUCUUGUUGGGGCAAUGCUCUGCUAUUUGGUUGUUCGUUGCCUGUCUUGUGGCUGUUUGUUCGCUGGCUCUCAGUGCCAUGGCAUGGACAGGGUGAAGAUAGGGUUCUUUCCCCGUUGGCAGCAACAGGGCAUGGAAGGCUUGAACUUGGUGCUGAUUCCAGCGGGUGCUGUCCUGCUAUCUGCAUUGGCUGCCUUGGCUCCCCUGCUUGCAAGUUCUUCUUCAACCUCGCUCAACAGCAGCUUCUCUUCCUUGGGUGUGGAUUACUGUGUCUUGAAGAGACUCUUCGUUUGGUGUUCUUAG